ACCAGCUCAGUCACAAUUGGUUUGAGAGCAGAGCAUGGCCCAGCCUACCAGAUCCCCAGAGCAGCCCUGCCAGCCCAGCUCAGGCUGGCCCGGCUUGGCCUCACACGCACCAUGAAGUACCCUCUGGUGCCGCUGGUGAACGACCUCACGUUCUCUUUCCUGGUGUUCUGGCUCGGCCUGCCCGUGGCCUUGCUGUUGUUCUUAUUGAUCGUCUGGUUUCGCUUCUUACUUAGCCAAGAUUCAGAGGAAAAUGAGUCAGAUUUGUGCUUUGACUGGGAGCCAUGGAGCAAAGGCCCAGCGGAGUGGGACAGUACACUCCAGAGCCAAGAGGAGGAGAGGCCUGGCCAGUGAGCCAGUUCUGCCAGACCCAACCUGCCAGUUGCUCCCAGCUUGGUUUUCCUGGAGUCCGCUGGGCAGUGGCAAUGGCCUAAGUGGAUGGGAGAGACUCACCAAGGAGGGGAGAGGACUUCAGCGACCGAGGCGCUUUUCUGGGACGCCCACCUCGUUCCCUCCAAAGUCUCCGGAGGACCCCCAGGUCUGGGGGAAGAGCCCGCAGCUGUGAAGACGCCACUGCAAGCAGAAAGAAGGGAGCAGGAAUUAUUGGCUGGUCUCCCGGAGUCGGGUCUCCCCUGCUCUGCCCUUGCGUCUGAAUGAUCCAUCCAAAGCACAGAUCCAGACACGCCAUCGUCUCCCUGCGUAGGGCCCUCUGAAGCUCCCUAUGGCUCUGGGCUAGAGCCGGGUUCCUCGCGUGGUGGGGAGCCGCCCUUUGGGAUCUGAGCCACCGCAUUUGCUGGGUGAGGUUUCUGUGCUCACCAGCAAGGCUGCCGUGAACGCCCUUGAACUUGUAUCUUUGCACACAAGUGUGCUGCUGUCUGUGGGAUAAAUUCUGAAAGGAGGACUUGUUGAAUAUAAUAUCUGUGCCUUUACAGUUUGCAGAUACUGCGAAGUUGUCUUAACAAAAGGUGGCACCGAAAAUGUGUACAAAAGUGCCUGUUUCUCCUGGCCUCUGGCCCAUGAACACCCCCUAAAUCAGCGGUCGCCAACCGGUGGGCCACGGACCACUGGUGGUCCCUGAGGUCUGAAAGGUUGGCGACCGCUGCCCUAAAUAACACCCUCACACACACACACCCCACACUCAUCACAC